AGAUUCUUAACGGCCUCGCACGCUGUAAACAUGGCGGACACAGGUGCACCAAGUCGUCACGAGAAAAGCUUAGGUUUGUUAACUACAAAAUUCGUGACGUUACUGCAAGAAGCACCUGAUGGAGUAUUAGAUUUGAAAGUGGCUGCCGAUAUUCUAGCGGUCAGGCAGAAAAGAAGGAUAUAUGACAUCACAAAUGUCCUGGAAGGAAUUGGGCUCAUUGAAAAAAAGUCCAAAAACAGCAUUCAGUGGAAAGGUGCAGGACCUGGCUGCAAUACUCUAGAGUUAAGCGAACGGCUGGCAGCGCUACAGGGUGAAUUAGAGGAACUUGAGCAAGCUGAGGCAACUCUGGACGAGCAUAAGGUCUGGGCUCAGCAGAGCCUGCUGAAUAUCACCGAGGAUGCCUCAAAUGCAGCUCAUGCCCAUAUCAGCACACGGGCAUUGCGAAGUUGCUUUCCAGAGUGCACCUUGCUCAGCCUUCGAGGACCACGUGACACAUUCAUUCGUGUACCUGACCUGAGGCAGGUUGCAGAGAAACAGUACUGGGUUUAUGCAAAGUCUGAACAAGGAUCCAUCAAUGUUCUGCUUAUGGACAAGGAACUUGACGAUGAAGGUUCACCACCAUUGCAGGUUCCUCAUGAAGAAAAAGCUCCUGAUUUGGCUGAGGCCCCUGCUGAAGCUUCGGCUCCAGUUACAACUGCUUUAAAGCAAGAGACAGAAAAAGCAGUCCCUAUGGAGACCGAAGAUAUCCAAGGCGAGGAAGUGGUCUCAGCUGAGUCAGAGCAGGCUGAAGCUGCCUCUUCGGAGCGGGAUUCUGCAGAUGAUGAAAACCCUUCAAAUACGAUGCCAAUGACUCGUCGCAAAUCUCGCCAACAGCAGACACCUAUCAAGCGAAAGCUGAGUGACAGCAAAGCCCCAAAUGGUGCAGCCAAGAAAGUGAAGGAAUCUGUUGUGGAGGCACCAGUGACUCGCAUGACAACUCGCAACUCUCCUCGUAGUUCACCUCGCAAGAGUGUGCUAUGUGCCAGUCCACAGUCAAGCCCAUUGGUGACACGGAGCCAGAGGGCAGCGGCUGCCUCUGUGGGCAAGGUGACUGAGGCAUCAGACCGAGCACGCCUUUCACCGAUUACAGGAAAUGCAGAAGGAGUUACAGCAGCUACAGAAAAAAAUGACACGCAGAAGGACUUGGCAUCAGAAGAGCUCUUUGACUUGAAAGAUAUGAACCUUGCUGACGAUGGUUUCUUGGAAAAUGUGUCUCCAAUUACAUCAUUCUUGUGCCUCAGUCCACCACUUAGUGAGCGGGACUACUUCUUUCACCUGGAUGAAAGUGAAGGCAUCUGCGACCUCUUCGACAUCCUCCCCGUGUGACAUGGUGACCAUGUCUUUUUCAUGCUGCGUUUCUUUUUUCUUUUUUUUCAUGGCUGGCAGUGUUGAUAUGACGUUGCUGUUUUGUGAAUUGAAGUGAUUCUUCUCUCACGAAGUGUGGGUAUGUGUCAACUUACAAUUUGCUGGAACAUUAGAGCUUUAGCAGAACACUACCACUGCACCAUUACAGCUGCCUCUUUGAUGAUCUUGCGUGACUUAGCUAGCACACACAAAACUGGCAGAUGGUAGAGGUGGUACUGGUAUGCUAAAGCUCCCAAUUGUGCUGCAUGAAUGCUGCAAGGGUGGUGCUUGUAGUUGCUCUCAUGGCACGCUGGCCACUCGUUUUCAUCGCAUCCGUCAUAUUGCAGAAUAAACCUACAAAGUUGUGUGAUAUUUCCCAUUUUCAUUAGAGUUUCUGAAGUGUACUGCUUUCCACUUAAUAUUUUUUAUGAUACAUAACAUAACACUCUUGCAAGACAUUGCAUUAUUUUUCUCGCUAUUAUAAAUAGAAGUUGUCUCCGGCAUGUCUCAGUAGAAUCUCGAAAAUGCAUAUCUCAUGGGAUCACAUGAAAUAUUAGUAUCAUCAAAACAAGAAAAAAGUAUAUGCAUUCAUUUGAAAUUCACAGCUGAAAAUGUUCCACAUAAUUUCUUGCUAUUUCUUGGACACAAGGUGAAUUGCAAAUAUUUGAAUAAUUAGGCAUAUCUAAGAAGGGAAUUUAAGGGGGGAAAAUUCGUCGAUUUCCUUCGUGUCAGCACAGAAGGUUCUUUACCGGGCUUUUGCUCUGUCCUGUUUCAGUGCAUUGAUGUCUAUUUUGCACUUUGUUGUAGGUGGACAUUUCAUAAUCUGAUGUGAUAUCAGAUCUAAAUCAGAUAUGUGUAGCAUGUUGCUGAUUGUAUUUCACUUGGCAGUUUAAGUCACUCUGUGGGGAUCCAGUUUGGCAACUUGUGCCCACAUGUAGCUUUCUCCGUUUCACUCAGUAAUAAGUGCAUGGAUGAACCCAGUAGAAAGCAGGUCCACCAGUCAUUUGCAUGCACCUCAUCGCUGGCUUGAUUGCUACUACAGCAUUGAAAGUGCAGUGCACGAAGAGGCAGUGUUUUCCCCACGAAAGAAAGCUUGAAUGCAACAUCUAGAAACUGCAGUACAAAAUUAUAUCCACGUCUCUGAUACGUUAAUACCUCCGUGCCUUUGUUGUAAAACGGGUCACUUUCAACCUUCUUCAUGGCCGCACCUGGGACUUUGCUGCUCUAGAUGUCAUGCGAGUGACUGAAAGUUGUGAAAAUGGGGCUGAGUUGGCUGCAAUCUCUUUACUUGGUAGCCAUCAGAACUGAGGAUACAGGUUGUAAAAUGAAUGGCAGCAACACCGUUCAUGGCCGUGGUAUUUGGGACGUAACGCUACUCAUGUCCGAAAAAUUUACUCGGGUGACGAGUAGCACCUGAAUUUUAGUUCUUGCUCAAUUAGCACAUAUUUCUGGAAGCUCUAAAAAUUGACCUGGUUUGCCCUACCAGUAACUCAUCGGUGCCAUGGCAUGCCUCAAACUGAUGAGAGGGUGUAGCAUUUCAGCUAUUGCAUGUUGCCCUUUCUAGCUGCUGUAUGGCUUUCAAGGCUCAAUGGCUUUCAAGGCUCAAUGCUUGCCGAGCUGUAUCCAUGGUAUCCAUGUUCGCUGGCGCAACAAUGGCCAUAAUGGCAUGGCUCGAUGCCUACAAAAGGCAGACAGCAUGGUGUGGGAAGGGUGGAGAAGGUGAAUGAGAAAAAUCAUUGCACCUAGCUUGCCAGGCUGGAUAAUCAGUCGAGCUGCAUGGCGAGAGCACUAGUGAGAGGUUCCACAGUUCAUUAGCAGGAAGAGUCUUUGCGACAGCAAAAGUCUGACCUUCUCCACAUAAAAAGUUAUUCUCAUCGUAGCAGCAAUAACAACAAAAGAAGAGAGUGUAGUGGCCUUCAGACCACAUUACUGCUGUCAAACUCAGUCAUGUAUAACAUCACCCACAUAAAAAGUUUACAUUCUCAUCAAAGCAGAAAAAGAAAGAGAGUUUAAGACUUUCUCACCAAAUUACUGCUGUCAAGCACUGUCAUGUAUUUACAUCACCCACAGUGGCCAUGAAGAAUGUGGACCUCAUCCAAAAUCUUGCAAAUUGUGCACAAUGUGAUUUGGCCAGAGAAUUCUACAAAUCCAUAUCAUCCCUAAAUUUGUGCCUGCCAUGAUCGUAUGCUCUAGAUUCUACUGUUAUUAAUUAUUCUACUCUCAAGAGAGGUAAUGCAAGCCUAAAUGGAAUUUACAGGCCAUAAUCUGUGCAUCUCUAUAUCUGCCAAAUUGGCUGUGUGUUUUGUCACUGUUAUUGUGUAAAGCAUGCUCUUGUGUGACAGGACAUUGCACUGGAAUUGUUGUGCUGUUUUAUUUCGAACUAUUUUAAUUAGAGGAGGAUCUAGCAUAUUUUAAUUGCUAACAUUUAGGGGGAACUGCAACAACAUGAUAAAAUUGUCUGCCUGAAGACAUGCAGGUCUUCAUUUGUUUGUGGAUGUACCAUCUAUCUCGAAAGCUCCUAAGCUGAUACACUGGUGGCCAGAGUAGGUGGUGUGUGAGCAUAACAGGCGACUAUAUUGCUUUAAUUAUACUGUGUGCUGUGGCUGUGAGCUGAUACUGCUGUGGAUUUGCCGGUGCUGACAUUCAGUUUGUAAACUCAUCAAGGGCUGGAAAGUUAUGCUUUGCAGAUUAGUGCAGUAGCAGAGUUUGUUGGAUAAUUGCAGAAGACUUCAUGGCUUUCCUUUGCUGCACAUUCCUGUUCUAAGCACAAACCAAAGAUGUCACUCUCCAAAGAACGUGUACUGAAAGCCAUGUAUUUUAAUGACAUCCUUAUAAGCUAUUGGGUAAUCAACGUUUGCAAUUAAAACCACCCACACUAUGGCAAGUUGAUGUUUGAACUAUGUUAUGCAUAUGAGUAAUUUGGAACAAUUGCUGUGUGUAGAGUACCAUCAAUAGUGUAUUGUAAAGUGUGCCUGCCUUUUCAAGCUUCCUAGAAAUUCUAAUCCUGCAGGGAAAAGGCAAUGGAGGGAUAGGCUUAAUUGAGUAGGAAUGCUUUCUUGGCUCUUUUUUAAAACAAAAGAAGGGCCAUGGACAGAAUAAAACUCUGUGGGCAUGCUUAAUGGCAACUUGCAUUUCUGGAGGCAUUGAGCCGCAGCUCAGUAAUGAGCACAGAAGGUUGUCAUGUUGAGACACUGUCGCUGUAUAGAGUGAAAACACAACACAUGCAACUAGCACAGUGUAACUUUUCACAGAAAUGUACCUAUAUAUUUUUUCUGCUAUUUCUUGCAUAACCAGUUUUGUUUCAUGCAAUUAUGAACGGAAUUUUUACUCUUGGAAAGGCAAAAUAUUUUCGUUAAGAGACCUAAGAGUGGCAUAAGAAAUUUCAUUUGGUACAGUUCAUAAAGGCACCUCUGUAACAUAUUUGUGUUCAUUCUAUUUUUUUUAUGAAGCUUCAAAGCACGCAUCCGAAGUCUGUUCACUUGUGUGGAACAGUCACUGAAUGCCUCGAAUAGAAAGGGAUAUGGGCGUGUCAACUACUUCAUGCUUUUUUUUAAUUGCAUGAUUCUUUUGGUGUGUUGAUUUGCAUGUGUUCAUUACAGCUCUGAAAACUAAUUUUGGUGGCCUAAAAUUGUAAAAAGUUGAUUUGGAGAGCUGAAUAUCAGAGCAAUUCUUUACGUCUUUACUUAUUUCUCAACAACUUCGCUAGUAUAACACUAAUGUUUGUCUACAGUAAAUGACUACUCAGUAGUUAACAAUGUUGCUAGUCAUGCCAAAGCACUAUGCACUAAACAAUUGUACUAUAUCGCUACUUGCAUCUAACAAAUUCUUGAAUUUUAACUGCUUACAUACGCGUUAGCAGUUUACACUAAUUACUUCUUAUUGCUGUGCUCUAUUCCUUUGAACUUGCAUAGGCACAGUUUGUAUGCAUCUUUCCUUCUUUUAUUGGGUUCAAUUGAAAAUAUACAUGAAAUUUCUUACAAUUCUUAUUAAUCUUUGUAAAAAAAUUUAAUCUACUAGGUUAAUUAUGUUUAUACCUUGUGUAUGAGAUUUUAACAACCAUGCAAACAUUUUUUGCCUUCAGAAUAAGGAAAUAUUGAGCAAUACACUGCAUCAUUUCUGUAAAUAAACAUCUUGCAGCUUUACAUGAUUUUGUGCAGUGUGGGUUCAGAACUGAUUGUGUGUGCCUUAAUUUAUGCGUCGCAGCUGCUCUUCUGCUUUUUCACUUUGAAGGUUUUGCAUGCGUCUGGGUCUUGUGUGUGAAGCAGUGUUUAAUUACAGCUACAAGUCUCAUCAUUUCUGUUCGACUGAAAUAUUUUGCAUGCUUUGUGUGGCAUAAAAGCGUUAUACUUAAAUGGACACUAAAGGCAAAUACUAAGUCGACGUCAGCUGUUAAAAUACCAUUCCAGGAACCUCGCAGUGCUUGUUUCCUGCCAAGAAACGACUUAGUUUACGACAAUUGCGUGUGAAGGGUCCGUAUACCUAUAGCGCCAUUCAAAUCACCCGCCCCAGAUCAGGGAGUGGUGAUGUUGCACACACCAUCACCAACCUUUACUGCCAUUGGUGAGUAAAACGGCACCCAACAGGUGGUGGUACAGUUUUCUGCGCAAAACGCAAAAUGUGUGGCCAUGGACAAACCGAACCAAGACAGAGCAUUGGAUUCACCGCUGCAGCUGCUCUUGGUCAAUCAGUGUGGACUGUUCAGGAAUCCCGUGACAUCACAUGGACGUGGCAUUCUCUGCUACUUGCAGCUUAUCUGAGUUUUGCAAGCCAGAAAAACCAACACAGCAAUAUGUCAUAACGAAACUCCUGAAAGGUGAGAGCGCAGGCACUGCAGAGUGAAGGAAAUUAAACUUUUCGACCGCCUGCCGCCUUGUUGUCAAGGGUAACGUCAUUGAGUUCUUUUUAAAAAGAAAUCAAAUAGAACUGGACAAGUAGCAUUUCCUUUUGUCUUAUCAUGCAAUACAAUGAUCUUUUUAUUAGGAGAAAUUCAGUACUAGUGAGAAUUAUAAUGAGUGCCUUCAUCAUUGGGCUAGUCCUUUAAUGUCCCGGGGGAGUCCCUAAUCAUGUCCUUCAUUUACCUCAAUAUUACUAAAGCUAUGUUAGCAAUAGUUUGAUGCCUAAGAUGUUCUCCAGCACUAAUCUAUCACUUUAGCUUGACUUAAUAUUUGCCUUUAGUGUCCCUUUAAAUGUGUGGGCUAGAUCAUGUCUGAAAGAACUGUGUGUAUUGAUAUAUUUUUUUAAUUGUACGUGUGCAUGCAUGUCGUUUCUUUUUUUUUUUUUUCAGAGUAGUUGGGUCAUCUCAUGAAAUGUACAGAUGAAUUAUAUUUAUCUUUUGUAUUUAUCAAGUGCUUUCUGUUUGUGUAUGCAUGCCUCAUUUGUGUGGUGGUGACAGAAAUGUUGCAACAUCUUGUACAUGAUAUAAGUGAAACAAUUACCAGCAGAAGAGCUCCUGUGCUCGUUCACACAUCAUGUCAAUGUGUGACACCUUCAUUCAACUCAUCUUCACUAUUAAAAAUAUUUUUAUUGUGCAGAGUUCUACUGUUUUUGCAGUAUUCAGAGUAAAUAUACAUACCUUAUUGUUAAUUUUGUUGUAUAAUUGUUUCUUAGUGCCUGCAUCUGCACUAUGUUCUAAAUCACUGCAUUUAGACAUUGUUUGCAAGUGCAAGCUUUCACUUCCUUUUGUAAAAUUGGGUUCUUGUAAAUAAUUUGUACAAUACAAAUUAUUCUUUUCUACA